CUUAGUUGCCUACAAAUGACGAAGUUCUUUGAAAAGUGUUUUUGUGUCCCCACCAAAAUAAUUAAGUAAUUUAAAUGACAAAAUUGUGUGUUAUUUAAAUAAAAAAUUUGUUGGUAUAUGAUUUCGUGAUUUUUGUGUAUUAUUUCUAAAUAAGAAAAAAAGUGUGAGAAAGAAAGAAAAAAAAACUACCAAUACCUGAAUACCCGAAAACAAAACGACUAGAUCCAGCAACAACUGCAGAACAACGCUGAACGAACUGUUUUAUUUAUAUUUACAGUCAGACAAACACAAAACGCAAAGAAGAGCUGUUUUCUACAACAACCCCAUAACGAACGACAAAUGCUCUAAGCAUUUUGGAAAAAUUGCCGUCUUUUUUCACUUUUUGGUUUAAUUUUAAGGAUUCUUCAAAUUUUUUCUACAACAUCAACAACAACAACAACAAAACGAAUUGUGUGUGCCUUUUAUUACUACUGUAAGGAGAAAUAGAAUACCAUUGUCUGCCUUAGUAUUAUUCAUUACAAGACCACCACCAACCACACUUUUACAACAACCACCACCACCUCCUCCAACACCACCACUAUCAUCGUCAUUGAUAUCAGCAGCCGCCUCAUCUAUAUACAACAGAAACAGCAACAACAACGAAUUCCUAACAAAGGAAAAUAAAAAACAAAGCAUAAAGCAAGAAAAUCCAAAUCAAAAUCAUUGGAAACCGAAUCAGAAUCAGAAAAUCAAAAACAGGCUAAAAAAGACAACAAAACAGGAGGAGAAAAGGAAGAGAAGCAGUAGCAGCAGCAGAAAGAAAAAGAAGAGGAAGAAAAAUGUCAACAUUAUCGUUACGUAUACAAUUGGAGGGUGGACGUGUAACGAAGACCAUACAAUUCCAUCCCAAUACCACAGUAUUCGAUGCCUGCAAAAUAAUCCGAGAUAAAUUUGCUGAAGCUGUUCAGGGACAACCUAGCGAAUAUGGCCUCUUCAUUUCGGAUGAACAAAAUCAACAGGGUGUCUGGUUGGAAAAUGGCCGUACCCUCGGCUAUUAUAUACUACACAAUCAGGAUACCUUGGAAUAUCGACGCAAACUGCGUACCCUGCGUGUUCGCAUGUUAGAUGGUGCUGUUAAAACAAUUCUCGUUGAUGAUUCGCAACCUGUCUCCCAGCUGAUGGUUGUGAUUUGUACAAAAAUCGGUAUUACCAAUCACGAGGAAUACGGUCUGGUGCGUGAAGAUAAUGAAGCGCAAAAUGAAAAUUUCCCCGAUAAUAAAUUCGGAACGCUGACAUUGAGACGGAAAUUUACGGAGAAAGAUCGUGAUGCAAAAAUGGAAAGUUUGCGUAAAAAAUUGAAAACUGAUGACAUAAACUGGGUUGAUGUUGGCAAAACCCUGCGCGAACAGGGUAUCGAUGAAUCGGAAACCGUUUUACUGAGACGUCGUUUCUUUUUCUCCGAUCAAAACAUUGAUUCCCGGGACCCUGUACAGCUGAAUUUGUUGUAUGUACAGGCCCGUGAUACUAUUUUGGAUGGCACGCAUCCUGUGACACAGGAGAAGGCUUGUGAAUUUGCUGGCAUACAAGUCCACAUACAAUUUGGACCACAUAACGAAGCCAAACAUAAACCUGGAUUUUUAGACCUAAAGGACUUCCUCCCGCAAUCGUAUGUGCGCGUCAAGAACAUCGAAAAGAAAAUCUUUGCCGAACACAAAAAGCAUGUUGAUCUCUCGGAAAUCGAUGCCAAGGUCUUGUACACCAAGACAGCCCGUGAACUGCCCACCUAUGGUGUUACAUUCUUUUUGGUCAAGGAGAAAAUGAAUGGUAAAAAUAAAUUGGUGCCACGUUUGUUGGGCGUUACCAAAGAUUCGGUAUUACGUUUGGAUGAACGUACCAAAGAGAUUUUGGUAUCAUGGCCAUUGACAACCGUGCGACGUUGGGGUGCAUCGCCAAAUACAUUUACCUUGGAUUUUGGUGAUUAUGCCAAUCAAUAUUAUUCCGUGCAGACAACAGAGGCCGAACAGAUUGUUCAAUUGAUUGCCGGUUAUAUUGAUAUUAUUUUGAAAAAGAAACAAACCAAGGAUCAUUUUGGCAUUGAGGGUGAUGAGGGAUCGACUAUGGUUGAGGAAUCUGUGGCACCUUUCAAAGCAACGUUUUUGCAACAUGAAACGAACAAAAUCGGAAAGAUCAACACAGAAUCUUUGGCUCAUCCGGGUAUGAUGAGGGCCGAUGAUGGCGAAAAAUCUUACACCCAAGGAGAAUUACAAACUGUACAGUAUGGCGCCUUUGUUGGGCAAGUCAAUCAUGCCCAUCAACCGCCCACGUCUAAGGAAGUUCGCAUUAGUUCUGUGAAUCUUACCGAGCCCCAAAGAGCCUUGUUGGGUUACAUAUCAGCUGGCCAGGAAAUUCUAUCAAGGGCCGAUGAAGAACUUCGCACCAAGGCUCCCAUUCAAGAGCUGGGCAAUGAUAUGCGUUCCAUUGAAUGGCGUGAAAAUACCUUGGACACCUCGAAACAAGCUGUUACUAGUCAUGUGGCAACAAUGAGUGCCGCUACGGCCCAAAUCAUUACCGCCACCCAGCCGGAUGAAGUUGAUACGGAAGCCAUCUCAGCUUCGGUAUCACAAAUUGCCCAGACCAUACCCCAGGUAACGAAGGAAGUUCGUCUCAUUGCCGCCUUGAUGGAAGAUGACAGCAGCGGCGAUCGUCUCUUGGAAGCUGCCCGCAAUCUAUGCUCGGUAUUCAGCGAAUUGCUGAAGGCAGCCGAACCGGAAAGCAAAGAACCACCACAAAAUCUCAUCAAUGCUGCCAGUCGUGUUGGUGAUGCCACAACCUAUGUUCUCAGCACCAUUGCCGAGGAAGAUGUACCCGAAAACAAAGAUUUGCAGGAUAUGCUACUGUCUUUGGCCAAGGCUGUUGCCAAUACCACUGCCGCCUUGGUGUUGCGGGCCAAAUCCAUUGCCGCCAGCUGUGAUGAUGUGGAAUCACGUAAUCGUGUCAUUGGAGCUGCCAGCCAAUGUGCCUUGGCCACCAGUCAAUUGGUGGCAUGUGCCAAGGUGGUGGCUCCCACUCUCCACAAUGCCGCCUGUCGUGAACAAUUGGAGGGUGCCGCUCGCAAUGUGGCCCGUGCUGUGAACAGUCUUUGCGAGGUGUGCAAUGAGGCCACCAAUGAUCCUCAACUGAAGAAUGACUUGCUUGCCGCCGCCCGUGAUGUCUCCAAGAGUCUUUCGGAUAUGUUGGAACAUGUCAAGCUGAGUUCCAGGGAAUAUGCCAAUCGUUCUAGCCAAGAAAUGAGUCCGGUUGAAAAUGUCAUCAUUAGCACCGAUAUUUUGGUUUCCUCCCAUGAUCCCCAGGAAAUGGUACGUCAUGCCAAGACACUGGGUCAGGCCACGGCCCAGUUGAUUCAAAGUAUUAAGGGUGAGGCCGAUCAGCAGCAAGAUGCCGAUGUCCAAAGACGUCUGCUUUCGGCUGCCAAACAAUUGGCUGAUGCCACGGCAAAACUUGUGGAGGCUGCCCGUCUCUGUUCCAGCCAUCCUCAUGACACGGAAAAUCAAAAUGCCCUACGCAAGGCCGCCGAAGAGUUGCGUGAAAUUACCACCUCCACCGCCAAUACUCCGGCCAUAAAACGCAACCUCAUUCGUCGUCUGGAAUACUGUUCUAAACAAGCCGCCUCCGCUGCCACCCAAUGUAUAUCGGCAGCCCAGAAUGCCGUACAACACAGUGAUGAUCAUCAAACCAAGGAGUCGUUGUUGCAGGAUUGCAAACGUGCCGCCGACACCAUACCACGUUUGGUCACCGCUGUUAAGACCACCCGCAGCAGUCCCGAUGAUUACAAUGCCCAAUUCAAUUUGAUUGAGGCCGCUGAACAAUUCAUUGAACCGGCCAUUCAGGUGUCACGUUCUGCCCGUGCCUUGCAGCCCACUGUCACCGACAUACCCGCUGCCACCCAGUUGUCUAAGAGUGCCUUGUAUUUGGGUCAAACCGUUUCGGAAUUGAAUUCUGCUGCCCAAAGAGCUCGAGAAGCCUGUGGUGGCCAGGAAUUGCAAUCUGCCUUGGAGGCUGUGCGCAAUUUACACAAUGUCCUCGAUGAUACCCGUAAUGCCGCCCAAUCGGGCUCCCUGAGACCUCUGCCCGGUGAGAAUGUGGAAAAUACCGCCCAGCAAUUGCGUGUGUCCACCAAGAAUGUUGGCAUUGCCUUGAGCCGAUUGAUAUCCUCGGUUUUGCAGGGACAACGUAUGUAUGCCGGUAUUGCGGGUCGUGAUACCGCCUUGGCUUUGGGUGAUUUCACCAAGAGUGUCCAUGGUGUGGCCGCCACUACCAAUAAUGCCGCUGUAAUUGAUUGCGCCGAUGAGGUAGUACUCAGCUCGGCCCGCCUUAUUGAAGAGGCCCAAAAGACCCUGCAAAAUAUGGGAGAUCCCACUGCCCUCACCCAGGCUGGUCGUGAUGUAACCGAAGCCCUGUCCAAAACCGUGGAAUGCAUUCCCGGUCAACGCGAAGUAGAUCAGGCCUUGCGCAAUGUCAGCGAAUUGAGUGAAAUUCUGUCGAUGAGUGAAUUUCCUCCCUCGACUCGUAGCUACAACACCCUGCAGAAUGAAUUGAAACAGGUUUCGGAAAGUUUGAGUAAUGCCGGUGGCCAAAUUGUCCAGGCCUAUGACAGCCCCGCCAAAUUGGCUGAGACCAGCAACAACUUUGCCGCCAAUUAUCGUGAUUUGCUUUCCGUUUCCAUGGAAAUGGCAGGACAAAAUCCCGAAGAAGUUGUGCGCUCUGAAAUGAUUGACUGUUUGCGUAAUGUGUCCACCCAAUCAUGUUCUCUCUUGUCCACUGCCAAGUCCAUUGCUGGUGAUCCAGGACAACCUAAUGCCAAGAAUUUGUUGCAUGCCGCCGCACGUAGUGUCACCGAAAGCAUUAACAAAUUGGUUGAUGCCAGCAUCCAAUCGGCUCCGGGUCAAAAGGAAUGUGACAAUGCCACCCGUAACAUUGAGGCCUUGCGCGUUAUGCUGGACUAUCCCCAUGAACCGGUCAACGAUCAAGGCUAUUUCGAUUGUGUAGAGGCUGCCACAGCCAAGUCUCGUAAUUUGGGCUAUGCUUUCUCCGAAAUGAUCAACAACGCCAAGCAAUCCAAUCAUGCUGAGUUUGCCAAGUCGGUGAACAAUGUUUCCGAGUCGAUCCGAGGUCUAAUCGAGUCUUCGGCCCAAGCUGCCUAUUUAAUUGGUGUAUCCCAUCCCAGCAGUACAGCUGGCCGUCCUGGCAUCAUUGAUCAAGCCCAAUUGACCUGGGCCUAUCAGGGUAUACGCCAACGCUGUGACGACGUCAGCAGUCCCCAGUCUUCGAAACCAGAGAAGAUUGCCGCCUUGACUGUCAUUGCCAAGCACACCAGCUACUUGUGUUCGAUUUGUCGCCAGGCCAGCAUGAACACCAACAAUCCAACGGCUAAGAAUGAGUUCAUUGUCUUGGCCAAACAGGUGGCCACAGCCACUUCCAAUUUGGUCCAAGAAAUCAAGGCCAUUGAGGAUAAUCCCUCUCAACCAUCAUCGGGUGCUCGUUUGGUUGAACCCCUGCUGGAAUCUGUUAAAGCUGUACGCCAAUAUGCCUCUAGUCCUGACUUCAUUUCCAUACCAGCUAAAAUCUCGGCUGAGGGUAGAAAGGCCCAAGAUCCUGUCUUGAAUGCCGGUCGUGGUGUUAUUGAUGGGGUCAUUGAAAUGGUACAGGCUGCCAAGUCGCUGGCUCUCUCACCUGAUGAUCCUCCGGUAUGGCAAAAACUUUCCAAUGCCUCAACCCCAGUAUCGGAAUCCGUCAAACGUUUGGUGGACAACAUACGUGAAAAGGCUCCCGGGCAGGCCCAAUGUGAUCAGGUCUUGCAAACCUUGGGUACUUGUAUGCGAGAAUUGGACAGCUGUGCCAUGGCUGUCAAUGCCCAGGGACUGUCGCAGAGGCGUGAUAACAAUUUGCAUGGAUUUUCGGGUCAGACCCUCAACUCUGCUGCUGAAUUAUUAGAUAAAUUGGAACCCAUACGACUGGCUGGCAAGAACAAUGCCGAACAAUUGGGUCAUGCUGUGGGUGAAAUUUCCCGUUAUGUGGUUCCCAUGGUGAAUGGCUCCAUUGGAGCCUGUACCCACAUUGUCCAUACCAAUCAACAAAUGAGCCUGAUUAAUCAAACCAAAUCUGUGGUGGAAAGUGCCCAACAAUUGGUGCAGGCUGCCAAGGAAUCGGCCGGUAAUCCCAGGGCAACACAUGCCCAUCCCAAAUUGGAUGAGGCCAUUGAAAAUACACGAGAAGCUACCCAGGAAUUGACACAAACUGUGGAGAAAAUCAAUGCUGAAACUGGUGUGGUGACAGGACUGAUUGAACAGGUGAAUCGUGCCAUAACCCGUCUGACCGAUAAACGGCAAUCAUUGUUGAAUGCAUCCUACUCCGACUCCUUUGUGGACUAUCAAACACGCAUGGUACAAACAGCCAAGGAAAUUGCCCGCUUGGCCAAUGAAACCAAUGCCAAAUCUGCUAUUGAACCCCAGGCAAUGCCUCAAUUGGCCAUGGAAAUGGCCAAACAAUAUACCCAACUGACCCAGGAUUCGGUGGGAGCUUCGGCCACCACCACCUCACCCGAUGUGGCUAUGCGUAUCCGCAACACGGUUAUUGAUUUGGGCCGCUCGGUGGGUUCAAUGAUUAAGACAAGUGCCACGGGAGCACGUCCCGACGAUACGGCUCAUCAAGCGGAAAUUUCACGCAAUGCCCGUGAGGUGUGCGAAAAGGUGGCACAAAUCCUGGCUGCCUUACAGGCGGGCUCUCGCGGCACCCAGGCAUGCAUUAAUGCUGCCCAUACCAUUUCGGGUAUUAUUGGUGAUUUGGAUACGACAAUUAUGUUUGCCACUGCUGGCACCCUGCAUUCCGAUCGUGAUAGCAGUUUUGCUGAUCAUCGUGAGCAUAUUCUGCAAACUGCCAAGGCUUUGGUGGAGGAUACCAAGGUGUUGGUUACCGGAGCGGCUGGAACCCAGGAUCAAUUGGCCAAUGCUGCCCAGAAUGCUGUGACCACAAUUGUGCAAUUGGCGGAGGCUGUUAAAUUGGGUGCCUGCUCCCUGGGCUCUUCCCAACCCGAUUCCCAGGUCAUGGUCAUCAAUGCCGUCAAAGAUGUGGCCUCGGCCUUGGGUGAUCUUAUCAAUGCCACCAAGUUGGCCUCGGGAAAACCUGUUACCGAUCCUUCUAUGCAAGAUCUGAAAGAAAGCGCUCGGGUUAUGGUUUUGAAUGUAUCCUCGUUGCUGAAAACCGUUAAGGCUGUGGAAGAUGAGCAUACGCGUGGCACGCGAGCUAUGGAAUCUGCUGUUGAGGCCAUUGCCCAGGAAAUUAGGUCCAUGCACUCCCCACCACCGACCAGCAAUGCCAGUGUCAGCCCUGAAGAUUUGAUACGUGUCACAAAGAAUGUCACCCUGGCCACCUCAAAGGCAGUGGCAUCUGGUGCUUCCAAUUUGCAAGAGGAUAUUAUGAAUGCCGCCAAUACCGGAAGACGUUCCAUUUCGGAAAUGUUAUUGGUAUGCCGUACAGUGGCAUGGAAUUGUGCCGAAACUGAAGAUUUACGUCAACGUACCCUGGAAGCUGGUGCUGCUGUGGGUGAGGCGUAUCGUGAAUUGUUGACGGGUAUUUUACACAACUGUUCGGCUGAUGAUCGUAUGCAUUUGUCGCGACGUGUGGCGAAAUGUGUUACCGAUUUGGUGGCCAUGGCUGGUUUGCUUAAGGGCAGUGAUUGGGUUGAUCCCGAAGAUCCCACGGUUAUUGCUGAAAAUGAGCUGUUGGGUGCCGCCGCCUCCAUUGAUGCAGCCGCCAAGAAAUUGGCCUCAUUGAGACCCAGACGUAAUGAUGAUGUCAAGAUUGAACUCGAUCAAAACAUGAAAUUCGAUGAAAUGAUCUUGGAAGCUGCCAAGGGUAUUAUGGCUGCCUCAUCAGCCUUGGUGCGCGCCGCCAAUGCCGCCCAACGUGAACUAAUCGAUCAAGGCAAAGUGUCCUAUCGUCCCCUUCACAAUUCCGAUGAUGGUCAAUGGUCAGAGGGUUUGAUUUCAGCUGCUCGCCUUGUGGCUGCUGCCACGCAUAGUCUGGUGGAGGCUGCUCAAAAUCUUGUACGCGGCAGUGGUACCGAAGAAAUGUUGAUUUCUACAGCCAAACAAGUUGCUGCCUCCACGGCUCAGCUCUUGAUUGCCUGCAAAGUUAAAUCAAAUCCCAAUUCCGAAGCUGGCAGACGUCUACAGGCGGCCGGUAAUGCUGUCAUCAAGUCCACCGAUAAUUUGGUACGAGCUGCCCAGCAAGGCCUUAAGGAGGAAGAGGAACGCACCCUGACCAUCAACACUUCCAUGGUUGAUGGUAUGGCCCAAGAAAUCGAUGCCCGUUCGCAUGUACUGCGCAUGGAAAAGGAAUUGGAAGAGGCGCGACAAAAACUCGUACUUAUUCGUCAUGCCCGUAAUCGGGCAAAGAAUGCCCAGGGUUUCACCACCGAUGAAAGUGAUUCGGAAUAUGCCCAGUCGACAUAUGGCACACUGAACAGGAGUCAAAAUAAUACUUUGACACGUUCACCGGCCGGUGCUUACGGUGGUGGUGGUGGUAGUGGUAGUCACAUGGAACCACCAGCCUCACCCAGUUACAUGACCUACCAACAACAGCAACAACAACAUACUAAACACCAUUAUAACUAUGCCAACAAUCCACAGCACUUCCAUCAUCCGGCUGCUGUGUCCCCAACACCACCACCACGACCCCAAACCCCCCAGAAUCACAAUGAUAGUGAUGCCACAGCCUUUCCACCACCUCCCCCACCCCUAUCGACAACAAUAUCCCAAAUGCAAACGGCCACACACACUUUCCGUUCGAAUCCCAAAUUGACAGCCAAUGCUGUGCCACGUCCCUAUCCUGGUAGUCCGGUGACUACGAGCGGUACCAAUGGUGGUGGUGUUCGUUCACAUCCAUCCAGUCCUCUAACACCCACUAACAAUAGUAACUACCAACAACAACAACAACAAAGUUUUGAAACCACUCAAUUAAGAUCUACUACCACAAAUUCCCAACAACAACAACAGCAGCAGCAGCAACACACAACGACGGUGAAUCGCAAUUUGGAGGCAUGCGUCCAGGAUCUGCACGAUAAGACCUUCGGCCAGGGUGGUGUUGUGCAAAUAACCAGCAAUACCUCGUAUCCGGGACAAAACUAUGAAGGUUAUACAUCGAGAUAUGAAACCCGCAAUUUCGACAAGAACUCCGAAACCGGUGUUAAACCCCUGGAAUCCAGCUUUAGCCAAAUGACAUUGAACAGCGAAUCUGGUGGUAAGGUGAGCCUCAUCGAUCAGGGUUCCCAGCGGCUAACCUCAAUGACGCAACGUGUUAUGGAACGCAAAACCUUCUCCACCACAUCGGAAACACGAACCGAAAAGAAAACCGAAUCGCAUAGUUUUCGUUUGGAAAAAUAAUAGUAAUAAUAUACACGAAUAAAAAGAAGAAGAAGAAGAAGAAGAAGAAGAAGAAGGAAAAAAUACUAUUUUAUGAAAUAAUUUUAUGGAUGGUAUUAAAAAACAAAACGAGAAAAAAACAAUUGCCAAAAGUGCUUUUAAGUGUAACAAAAACUAGUUUUUUUUAUUAAAAAAUCUAACAAUUUGAUUUGUAUUAAAAUUUAAUAUAUAAAAUGCUAUAACUUAUAGAACUAAAAAGAAAACAAUACUUCACAGCUCUUCAAACCAAUAAACCAGAAGAAAAGCACAUUCAUUGUAAUGCCAAUGUUUUUGCCAAUAAUAAUUUUGGAAACCAUAUUUUUUACUAAAACGAAAAAGAAAAAUUAAAACUACAA